ACAUCAUACUUACAGAAAAUAAUGGGAAAUAAAAAAAACAAAGGAAAAAAAAAGCAAUGACGCAAUAAUGGAACUAAAUAUCAAAACCUGAAAGCCAAAUACAGCUAUACAUACUGUCUUCUGAAAUGGACAAAUGUGUGAACAAAAGUUAAGAUUUAACUUGUAUUUGCUGGCGAAGGAGGUAAAAGCCUUAGUUAAAUGUGGCCUGAUUCUAAUCUUAGUUUGCUUUAUACUAAAAUCGGCUGGAAUUAUAUCAUCAGUGUUUUUAAGAAGAAAAUCUACAACUGAAACAUUUUCACCUGUGCCUUUAUACAUAAAAUCGACAAUCACAAGACAUUCGUAUAGCUUGAACGAGAAAAUGAAGGGUUCAAUAUGUCCUAUCUUGCAAGGUGGACUGGGAAAUAGAUUAUUUCAAUUCGCAACUGCGUUUUCUGCAGCAAAGUCUAAGAAUAUGAAUCUUAUCAUACCUUCUGAUGCUGAAAUCAGCGAAGUUUUUGAAAUUAGUGAGACAUUCAAUGAAUCAAGGGAAUUAUGUAAAGGGUUCCGAAAAGUUUUGGAUAGAGCAUCUCCAACAUACCAUAAAAACUUAAUGAACUUUAGCUCAACUGAUAACAUUCAACUUGGAUAUGGCCUUCAGUCGUGGAAAUAUUUUUACAUGUAUGAUAAACAGCUUAAGAAGCAGUUAACAUUUAGAAAGCAUAUACAAAAUAAAGCAAAACAGACAAUUGAUAAAAUACUACAAAGGUGGAAAAUAAAAUCUCGCAAAAGUGUUAAUUUAGUUGGUAUUCAUAUAAGGAGAGGUGAUAAGGUGACAAGUUAUGAUGAUGGGUAUAAAAUAGCUUCACCAGAGUAUUUAAACAGGUCUGUUAACUAUUACGCUAAAAAAUAUGAAGCUGUUUUAUUCCUUGUGAUAUCAGAUGGAAUGUCGUGGUCUAUAGAAAAUGUGCCUUCUCAUGUUCCAGUAGCAUAUAUAUCAUUAGGUCAAAGAGAACUCGACAUGGCAACUUUAGUUGCCUGUGACCACACAAUUAUGACAAUAGGAACCUUUGGUUGGUGGAUCAGCUACUUAACUGGUGGAGAUGUGAUAUACAUGAAGGAUGCUGCUGUAAAGGGUUCGCGAUUUGAAAAAGUACUAAACGUUGAAGAUCAUUUCUUUCCUCACUGGAUAGGACUUUAGUUAUCUGCAAUUUUUACAAAUAUAGAUUUAACAAUCGUUUUUGACAUUAUCAUUAUAUUGAAAGCUAAACGCAAUCAUCGAUGUACACAUCUUGUAAUCUUAUUUGAAGAUUUUGUAUAACGGACAAGCUUAGUUGUUUUUAUUUGAUUUGUUGUUUCAAAAUAGAUGUACGAGAUUUGAA